AUGCUGCUCCAGCUCGUGCUCCUCUUCGGUCUCCUAACGGCCGCCGAAUCUCUGGAUUGCUUCUCAUGCGGCGUCUUUCUAACCGCCCCGAGCCAAGAAUGUCGCGGAAGCCCUCUGAACGUCACCUGCCACCCUGAUAACCUCGGCUGCGUCAAGAUCACCGCCCCGAAUACGGACGGAACCUUCUAUGUGGAGAAGCGGUGCGCGGAAAAGGAGGACGACCUCGAUGGGGGGUGCUCGAAGAUCACGAUCCGGGGGUUAAUCGGCGAGCACUGUUUUACCGCUUACGCCAUG